CCUCCUUUUGUAGGUCAUUUGAUAGAGUGGUGCAUUAAAGAGCGGCUGGUCCGCUUUAUUUACAGGAAUAGUGUAUGUGUUUAUGAGUAAUUAGUAAAAAUGGCUCCUAGUCCUGUCGAAGAGCUGGCUCUUUUGGACCUGGAAAGAUCAAACAAAGGCGCAUCAAAACAACGGCGCGACCAAAUUAACAAUGAGAUUGGAACCAUGAGGGAUCUCCUGCCCCUCCCUGAGAGUUCAAGACAGCGCCUCUCUCAAUUACAAAUUAUGUCUCUCAGUUGUGUCUUCAUCAGGAAAUGUAACAUCUUACAGAAACUAUUUAAUGCCACACCCGGUGGUUCGUCGGAUUCACCUUGCGAUUUUUCACAGUCCCUAACCGGGUUUCUGCUGGUAACAACACGAGAUGGGAAAUUGGUUUACAUUUCGGAGAACGUUACGGAAUACUUGGGCCAUUCAAUGGUUGAUAUGAAAACACAAGGAGACAGUCUAUUUGAUAUCGUGGACAAACGCGACCACGGAACAGUGCGCGCUCAACUCUUACACGGGGCCGGAGAAGUUGACCCAGACAAAGAAGUAGCCUUCUUCUGCAGAAUGAACAUGUCGAGAACCCUCAAGAGACAAGCUGGCUUCGGCGACGUCAAGGUGAUGCAUGUGAAGGGACACUUUGCUACUGUACCAGGGCAGGACCCCGGUACCGAACAACAGGUGUUCAUGGCAGUGUGCUCCCCUCUCAUCACACCAGACAUCAAAGAAAGCCUCAUCCAGAACAACACUAUGGUUUUCAAGAGUGUACAUCAACUCGACAUGAAUUUCAUCGAGUUAACCGAGAACGGAGAAUACCAUCUUGGGGUUUCCAAUGAUGAAGUCUGCAACAAAUCAUGGUACUCUUAUCUGCAUCCCGAAGACAUUUACGAAGCAAGAGAGAAACAUGUGCAACUGAUAAAAUCCCGACAUGAAAUGGGAUGCAUGAUGACUGUGCGCAUGAUCACAUCAACUAAUGAAAUUAUUUGGGUCAACAUCGUCAUGCACGUGCGCCAAGCCUUGUUGUCCAACAGUGAUGAUCCCGUCAUCCUCUGCAUCAACCAAGUUAUCAGUGAGAAAGAAGCCUACCAGUUCAAGGUCCAGGGACAGUUGUUUGCCCUGUAUGCUGCCCGCUCCCCUGAUUUCUUCUUUGGUACUGCUUUCUGUGCUCCUAUCACACCCGCCAUGGAAAACGUCAUGUCCCCACCAUCAGGCAUUUUGCCAUCACCCUUCUUCUCUCGUCAACAACCUUUCGACAACACGCUUCCUGCUCAAACGCCACCAUUUAUGCAGAAUGCUGUUCCUCCAAACCAAACUGCCAUGUUCAUGAAGAAUGGCUACCAACCAAAUAUCGGACGUCAGGGUCACACAGACACGCUGAAGGCUCUGAAGAGAAAGAUUCAAGAAAACUACACUUGCAAACCACCAAUGAAAGUUCCGAGAAUGGUGAACGGCAUCGCAAACAGAAACACUUACUCACCUCCACAAGACACUACCCCACUGCCUUCAUCAUUCGAAAGCAACAUUUACAGAAAUUCGUUCGGUCCUUUGGUCGGCGGCGGUGAUCAUCAUCGCGGAAUGGGACAAGGGCCCAUGCAGGUCAUGUACGCCCACAACCUUUCCACUGUUAUGAUGUCACCGAAGGAGAAGAGUUACAUGCCAGAUGUUUUCCCGCACAAACCCAUGUACGAAGAAAAAUGCCUAGAGCAAGUUGUUCCUGACGUCACCGUUCCCGCUUGCUAUCUCACACCAGAGCCUUCACCAGUUUCCUCACCGGAACCACCAAAGAAAUGUGAAUCAGUUCAUACUGUUAAAGACGGCAAAUUAAUUGACCCAGUGCUAAUCGCCAAACACCUUUGUGCUUUAAAACAAAAACAGCUUAACCCAAAUUCGAACAUGAAUCCAAAUGGUGAACCACGCAAACUCUUGCCGAGCCUUGACGCAUUCUACGUUGACUCAUUUUUCAAUGAAAUUGACAAUGUUUCGCUGACGAGAGAAGAAGAAAUCCGCCUGCUUGAAAAUGUUGCGAAGGAGAAAGUCACCAUCAAGGAGGAACCCAUUGAUCAAGAUACCUGCAAAGAAACCACCGAACCUCUUACGAAUGGCUUCGAUAUCGAAGAGUUCUUACAAUUUACAGAGAAAUCCAAAGACGAGGUCGUGCAGGUCAAAGUGGAAUCUCGAACUGACGACCAGCAGGUCAUGAGCUUCGAGAAUUCUCCAUCUCCUUCCUCUCCCUACAGCACAAUCAGCGCAGCAGACGAGAAGUUCAGCAGCGAUGACCUUUCAUCAUUUGCACUUACGCCGGAAUCAGGCUUUGAGAGCGAUUCCUUGGAUGACGUUUUGGAUCCUGACUGCUGGGACUUGGAGUCAGUCAAAAUGGACAUGUCAAUGACGUCCACACAGCCGACUCUUCCCGCAUUUAGGAUGACCCAAGACCUUCAUCCAGAACCUGAGUUGUAUCAACUCAAACAACUCAUUUCCUCUUGCACGCCAAGUGGCAUGCAGGAUUUCACCGAAGACUCCCAGUAGGCCGUUGUGUAAGUUCCGACUUACGAUUUUCCUUGUGUAUGGCAUAUUGCCAUUUUCUUUCUACUAUUUCGUCAUCUCCAUGCAAUCCGCAGGACCGGAGGUAGCCAUAGGAUUUGACCAUUCCGCGAGCCGGAAUUCAAACAUUUUCGCUGUUUGUUUAUAUAUUUUAUGUAAAAAGAAAUCGCUGGACGAUUUUGUGCAAAGUUCAACGUGUACGUUGAUACUGGACACUUUUUUUUAUCUUUGAUACACUUAAUUAUUUGUAUAUGUACUGUUUUUACUGUACUUUCUCGUUUGUUUUGGAUGAUUGGGCUGGUCUCAUCAUCUCUUAAAUGUGUAGAUUUUGAAGUUAUCAAACAUCUAUAUAUUUUUUGUCAAACGGUAUUGUGUAAUUAGAUCGGUACUUGUACUCUCAUUAUUUCAUUGUAGAUUUUUGAAGUUAUCAAUUAUCUAUGUCAUCUUCAUCCCAUCAUUUUCCCUUUCAUUAGCGCUGGUCGUUAAUGAAGCCCCCCUCUAAAGAUGAAGAAUUUGUUCUUGAUUUUGACAGAAUUUUAACAACACGUUUGUUGGCAAUUUUCUUGACUUAUCAUCAACAUUUAUCUUUAACGCCGUAAUGGCGAACAGGGCUGGUCCCUUCUCCUUGAGGCUGGUACUCAAGCUUUUCUCAUGUUUUUAAAAUUCAUAUUUUGCUUAAUAGCGUCCACUGAUAUCCCGCUGGUUCGGGUAUCUUUUGCAUUUUUUAUUGUAUCUUAUUUUCUGUCCAUAAAGUUUGCUUUACUAGGAAUUGUACGUUUCAGUUAAGCAUGUUUUGAUUUUAAUAAACAUUUAAAAGAUUUGU